AUGCGGCUUCUUACCGCGUUUCGUUUUGGCUUGAUGCCAAACCCCACGGCAACGUCCAUUGGAGCCGCUGUAGGGGAGGCAGUCGAGGCUCUGGCUACGAGAACUGGAAUGCACAUCGCUGCAAUCAUUCCGACCACCUCUGGUCAGAUAGGAGUCAAUCCUGUCAGUAUUCUGCCUCCGGCAUCUGUAUUUCGAGGCACCGUGUAUGAUACGGACGCUCCGACGGCCACGACGGUAACCACGGGUGGUCACACUGAAACCCACAAGGUUUACUUUGCUGUGGCCACGAAUGCGGCUGGAGAUCUUGACAUCUCCAUUGUUGACCCUGACCUUCGGUCUUUCUUGGAAAAGACAGCCGAAGAAGUGCCUGCUUGCGCCAUAUCCAAGCUUCGUCGUCGCCUUCGCAGUAUCUUACUUCGACGCGAAGCCUGUGGUGCUCUCCGCUAUAUGGACGAAUUCGAGUCUUAUCCUAGCGCCGACGAAAUCAUCCAGGACCUGACCGAUCAGAUAGCCAGUGCCGCUCCUGACCAUCCUGCGGUCAAGGAGUAUCUGGAGCUUGAAACCGUGCCUGGCUCGGGCUCAGGCUCCGGAGGCUCGGAUGUUGUUGAGACUGUGGAGCUUAGCCUUAUGAGUGAAGAGGAACUCACUCUUCUCCAAGCAAGCGCCGGACCGGUCACCGGCGCCAUGGGCCUUGGCUUCCUCACCUACAUCUUUCAUGUCUUCAAUGCUGACAAGGCGGCUGCUAAAGAGGGAGAGAAAGUUGCCAUUACUGGAGUACACAUCCCUUCCAACUCUAUUCAGACCGUGACUGAGACGAAAACCACGUCUACGAGUACUACGUCUACAGUUUCUUGUGCCGAUCCUAGCAAGACAGACUUGUUUUGUCUCAAGGAUGAUUGCGAGAUUGACCUACCAUUGACGGAAGACACCAAGUUUGUUUGCAAGGGUGGAAAAUACGAAGGCUGUGACUGUGCGACCGAGCCUGUAGUCCUCUCGCUACCAAUCACCAAAAAGGAGGAUGCAAUGAUGAAGCUUUUGGCCGACAACAUGGUGUUCAAUGAUAUACCAACGCACCCAAAGCUAUCCAAUUACGGAGAAUGCGGAACAUCGAAUGAGAAUAUGGAGAGCAGCACUUGGUUCAACUUGGUUCAGAAGCUUUGCACGGAUACCAAGCACUACAAACUGGACAAAGAUUUCAGCGUUGAAUACACUGCUGAAGACGUCUUUGCCUCAGGCUAUGAAGAUGAUGUUUUCGAGUUUUACUUGAAAAAGAACGAAGGUGUUGAAUGCAAAAACCCCUGCACUCAAAUCUUCAACGAUGGUUUUUCUAGCACAUCAUGCCAUUAUGACUCUCACACUCGAGCUCGCUCCGGAAGUAUUAAACUGGAUUGUGGUGAGGCCGGUUACGAGAUCAGAAACGCCAAGUCCAAAGCUUCGGGACCACAGUGUGCAGACAACGACUGGAGCCCGCUUCCAUCCAACGUCUGGAAUGGACCAGCUGGAAACAUCUAUAACGUUUUCUGUCAGAACGUCACCCCGGACAAAAAGCUCGAGAUCACGAUUGACCCUUCUGGCAAGGCGGAUCCCGUCCGGUGGCUGAAGCGAUCACCACCACCCGAUCCAAGUCUGUACGACGGUUACAGGGUCGAUUUCCUUUGGAAGCCAAAUGAGGAUUCUAGCGCAAUUGAUUGUGAAUUGUCGUGCGACGGGGUCAUGGAAGCAUUUGGCUCGUCAACUUGCGGACACAAAGGAAGUGGAAUGAGAAAAAUGUCAACAUCGGCCAGCUACAAUGUCGGUUGCGGCACGUACUCGUACAGGAUCCGCAAGAAGAGACACCCUUGGACUCUCGGAGAGCAGAAAUGCUACAAGCCCGACCAAUUCGGCGCGCACAAAGACGUUUCUCCCCCUCUUGUUCGGAGAUUCAGCAAGAAAGCGUGCAAGAACGUGAAAGGCUACAAAAUAGUCAAGGGAGAUAGCGACUCAGUUCUUCACCACGAAUUCACAAACGGCGGCGUCAAGUACCACUUCGAGGCCGGGUGGGAUAAUUCCUGCGAGUUGGAGGAGAAAAGGAUGGAAGAAGUCAAUGCAUGGAAGCCACUUGGGGAAAAGAGUGACGCGAGGUGUGAGUCUCUAUUUGCCAACAAUUACAAGAACUGUAACAAUGGUGGUGUUGGUGGAGAGAUUAUGGCAGGGUGUGUCAAGUACAUAUUCAAAGCGCUGCCGGAGUAG